CUGCCGGUUUCCUUAAGUCGAGCUGAAGUGAUAUGCGCCACUGAUUCCAAGUUCAAUCGUUGAUAACACGCACGCACACAAGCGCAGUUUUGCAUACUUACAGUAGAAUACAUAUACAUACAAGCUUAAAUUAAAAAUUGUUUUAUUUAUUAAAAUAUUUAUCAACUUUUUCAACGAAAAUAAAUGAAACUUUGCUUGUGUUGGCUGUAUAUGUGCCGACAAAUCAAAACAGCUGAACUCGUAUUUAAGUAGUUCCGAUUUAUACAUGUUUUGCCGCCUUCAAAAUCAUUUUUUGUACUUCCACUGCAGGAAUUUUAGAAACUCGUAGGAGAAAAAAAAUCAAAAAUUCCUGCCCACAAGCAUAUAAGCCGCAAAUCUUAAAGAUGCGCAAAGUUACUACAACAUGACGAAGAAUAUUGGCGAAGUCAACGUAGAGGAAGCUAUUUCUUCCUCCAUGCCACCCAAAUCACCGUUAUUGGAUAUUAUUGAACCGUUAUCGAUGGCAGACUCUACAGACUCUCUUGAUGUUGAGACCCACAUAGAUAACCGAAAAUACGACGACAACGAACAAAGUAGAAAAAUACAGGCUUCUUCUUUAACGGCCACAAUCGACCACGAAAUAUCUACUAUACCUACAACAACAACACAAGCACUCUGCAGCAACCCCAACAUGUCGUUACCAUUGCCAACACUUGGCCUCUUACCAAUUGCCGGCGGAGCCUUGACAGCAAAUAAACCGACUUUACCCGCCUUCGAAUAUAUUUCUCCCACAAAUCAUACCCUCAGCAUCGGCGACUUUCCCUUAAUGGAGCUGAAUAGAGUCGGUGUAUUUCCUGCGUUUCUGCAUCGACGUUCACGCGGCGAAAAGCGUCCCAUACCGGACGAGCAAAAAGAUGAGAAAUACUAUGAACGACGUAAACGAAACAAUGAAGCAGCCAAAAAAUCACGUGAUGCCCGAAAAAUACGCGAAGAUCGUAUUGCAUUCAGAGCCGCCCUGCUCGAGCAAGAGAACUCGAUUUUGCGUGCGCAGGUUAUGGCCCUACGCGAUGAAUUGCAAACUAUGCGACGGCUCGUUGGUUCGAGUUCAACGACUGCAACAGCCGCUGUUUUAGGCGCUGGCGGCAGAGGUCUGAUAGCGUUGUAAACGUUUAAGGAAGACCUCGUCCUCUGCAAUGUAAAUACAAUAUUGUAAAAUUAAAUUAAAAUGUUAUUGUUAAAAG